AUGCGGGUGUGUUGCAUCACGACUGUUUUAGCGGCGCUGGCGCUGCGCUCAGCCGCCGAACCAACACCCCGCCGGUACCCGGCCGAAUGGCACGCUGGACGUGAACUGCAAAUCCGUUCACGGCCGCUACAUGAACUUUUCGAAUCGGAUACCACGGCCACUGAACCCGAACGGAAUUACGCCUCGCCGUUGCACAAAGAACGACGACGUACGCGUACCAACAAACGCGCGCCACGGCUUCCUGGUGAAGUAGCGAGCCAGAUGAUGCUGAGGGCCGCACGAUCUGGACGACCCUACGAUGUACCUCAAAUAGGUGAGUGA